UCCAGCAGCAUGAAGGAAUUCAUCCUCCUGGGCCUCUCAGAGAACCAAGGGGUGCAGAAAAUAUAUUUUGUGGUGUUCCUGCUUUUCUACACACUCACAGUGGCAGGAAAUCUCAUAGUUCUCACUGUAACAAGCAGCCGGCACCUGAACUCCCCCAUGUACUUCUUCCUCUGCCAUCUGUCCUUUGUAGAUGUUUGUUACUCCUCUGCCACAGCUCCCCAAAUGAUUUCUGGCUUCCGAGUGGAAAAUAACACCAUCUCCUUUGCAGGUUGCAUAGGGCAGCUCCUUGGGCUUCAUUUUUUUGGCUGCACAGAGGUUUUCAUCCUGACAGCCAUGGCCUACGACUGCUGCAUGGCUGUCUGCUGGCCCCUGCACUACCCCGCGCUCACGUCCUGCCGCCUCUGCCACCACAUGGUGGGGAUCUCCUGGGUGGGGGGCUUCCUGCAUUCCAGUCUCCAGACCCUUCCCACCACCCUGCUUCCUUUUCCCAGCAAAGUCACACACUACUUCUGCGAUGUCCACCCCCUGCUCCCCCCGGCCUGCGCCGACACACGCGCCGAGGACUUGGCCGCGGUGGCCAACAGUGGGGUCAGAUCCCUGAGCUGCUUCCUCAUCCUGGUCACGUCCUAGGUGGUCAUCCUGGUUUCCCUGAGGGGCCAAACGCUGGCAAGGUGGCACAAGGCCCUGUCCAUGUGCGGGUCCCACAUCACUGCGGUGAUCCUGUGCCUUGGGCCCAGCACGUUUGUUUACAUCCGCCCGUCCGGUGGCCUGUCCGAGGCCAGGAGUGUGGCUGUGUUCUACACACUCAUCACACCCAUGCUCAACCCCCUCAUCUACACCCUUCAGAAUGGGAAGGUGAAGGGAACCAUGAGGAAACUGUGCAGGAGGAAAGGGGGAAGCGGAAAUGGGAAGGGGUAG